AGUGGGGCCAAUUAAUGACACCUGGUUUACAACAAACUGCCACAACAACAAAUGUAGUGCUUAUAUCCUGAGUGAAGUGAAAAAGAGGAGACUGAUGGCUUUACUAGCUGUAAUUGUGCUUUUUGUUGUAAGAUGCUGUAGCACAUUGUCAGCAGAAGAGCCCCCUCACUCCUCUAAUGAAGCCAACAGUACAGACACCGCCUAUGGCUUUGUGGCCUGUGUGCUUGCAGUGCUCUUGUAUGGAAGUUACUUUGUUCCUGUUAAAACGAUAGAUACUGGCGAUGGAAUGUUUUUCCAGUGGAUUUGCUGUUCAGCUAUUUGGUUUGUUGGACUGGUUGCUGACACAUUGUUCCACCCCUCCAGAGCCCAUCCUGCAGCUAUGCUUGGAGGAGCACUUUGGGCCACUGGAAAUAUAACAGCUGUCCCAGUUGUGAAGUUUAUUGGCCUUGGACUUGGAAUUUUGCUUUGGGGAUCCAGUGGAUUGCUAAUUGGAUGGGCAAGCUCAAGGUUUGGGUGGUUUGGGCUGCAUCCAGAGGAGGUGUCCAAACCGAUACUCAAUUACUGUGGAGCUGGCCUUUGUCUGCUAAGUGCCAUCAUAUUCUUCUUUGUGAAAAGUGAUGUUCAGAAACGUACAUCUGAAUCCAUGCCUUUGUUGAUUGAUGAUAGGAGGCUGAAUCCAGACAGCACAAGCCCCAGUGAUUCAUGGGUGGAUACAAUUUCACCAAAAAGCAAAAGAGUGUUUGGCUGCAUCUUGGCCGUAUUUUCAGGUGUCCUUUAUGGCUCUUCUUUUGUGCCUGUUUUCUAUAUUAAAGUUCAUGCCACAACCAAUUCAAGUAUGUUCACUGGAUCCAGUCAAAAUGAAAUUGACUACUGCUUUGCCCAUUACAGUGGAAUUUUCCUCAUGAGCACAGUGUAUUUUCUUAGUUACUGUGCAGUCAUGAAGAACAGGCCUCGGAUCUAUCCCAGAGCCAUCUUACCUGGUUUUCUGAGUGGCUUGAUGUGGGGAUUAGCCACAUAUGCCUGGCUCAUGGCAAAUUACUACCUUAGUGCAGUGGUCACAUUCCCUAUAAUUAAUGCUGGUUUUGGCUUAGUAGCUGCUCUUUGGGGAAGUGUGGUAUUUAAAGAGGUCAAAGUAGGGUCUUGGGAACUUGCUGUUGUUCGCUCUGGCAUCUUGUGUUGUUCUGGCAGGCUCCCUGUUAACUGCUUACUCAAAAAUCUGAGCCUGUACGUUAUGUUACCACAAGAUGGCAAUGGUGUAUCAGGUUUUAAACCAAUGUUCCUGCCAAAAUUUGCAGUCACUGAACAGCCUUAUCACCUUGAAUAAGGCCUCUGCAGUUGCUUAGUAGGCCUUGAUGCAAUUUACACAUUUCUUGCUAUUGCAUUUUAAUUGCUGUCAAAAUUAAUUGUAGAUUUUCUGUAAAUUCACACAUAUUUGAAUUAAACAGUUUCCCCUUUCUGGCUAUAGGGUUAUGCAUGUUGAUUUGUAUUUGUACUUGUGUUAUGUAUUUUUAUGUAUUGUGGACAAAAUAUCCCCACAAAGAUGGCAAUAUUUGAAAUCCUUGUCGGAACAUUUUUGAACCAUGAAAACAGCUUAUAAGUGAUUUAUACAAUGCAGAAAGUUUUCUGUAAUGGGUAGUUUCAGGGGUAUGGGAUAAAAUAUACAGUU